AUGGCUACCACCUUUUCUUCAUCCGAAAAUGUUCAUCAUUUUCGCUCAAUGAGCUUGCCAACCUUGGCUCAUCCAAGCACUAUUCAGGCUGAAGAAGAGAUAUGUGAGUUUCGAAAAUGGGAGGCGUCGAUGUCUUCUGUUCCUACUGCUGAUACAUUGUGUGGUGCACUAGUGAGGCUACAAGGAUUAUAUGAAUGUGUAGAUGGUCUUCUCAGUUUGCCUCUAACCCAACAAGCUCUUACGCAUAGCCAAUAUACAAAUUUGGUGAAUGCAUUGUUGGACAAAUCCAUUAGUCUUAUGGAUAUUUGCGAGUCUACAAGGGAUUUGGUGUCUCAAGCGAAAGAAAACGCUAGAGAUGUUCAAUCCGCGGUCAGAAGAAAAAAAGGAGAUGUAAGCAUAGCCACCUCUUUCAUGAAGAACCUCAAGAAAGAUACCAAAAAAGCGAUUUCUUCCUUGAAACAAAUUGAUGAGAAGAUUGGAGGAAUGCCUCCAAUCGAUCUAGAUCAUCAUGUUUUAUCGGUUAUUAAAGUAGUAAGGGAUGUUGGUGUUGUGAGGUCUUCGGUUUAUAGAUCACUCUUGUUGUUUUUGUCUGGAUCUGUUGCAAAAUCCAAACAGACAACAAGGUGGUCCAUAGUUUCCAAAAUGAUUAACAAAGGCGCGCCCGAGGAGAAAAAUCAGGUUCAAGUUUUCAAUGGUGAUCUAGAGUCCCUUUUUGAAGAAAUGGAGAAUGGUUUGGAUAGCAUGUUUAGGAGUUUGAUUAAAACAAGAGCCUCUCUUUUAAACAUUCUUCCUCCUAAACAUUCUCUAAAUUUACUCAGCAGUGUUACCAUGGAUCAACCUUAA